AUGCGAAUCCUGCUCAUCAACGGCGUGAGGCUGAUCGUCGCCUUCUCCAUCGCCUACUCCAGCAACAUCUGCACCAUACAGAUCAGCGUAGAGAUCGUCGGUAUCUUCUUGACUCGCCAUAGUAUCGACUCUGGCGUGAAUAUGGAUCCUUGCUGUCGAGCUGGAGACGAUGAGGCCAUGACUCUUCAACGUCUGGUCCUUCGAGCUUCUCGUCAGGGAAGAUAUCGAGAGAACUUUGCGUCUUGGACACACAAGCGUACCUUCACUGAUUCGCUGCAUCGUUCGGUAUCCGUCGAAGUGAGGGACAGCAGGUACUGA